AUGGGUGGCUUAUUACUCCUUCUCGUUCUUUGUGUGGUGAUGGCUCUGGCAUCAUUUCUUGCCGGAGCCCUCCCACUAUCGUUAACUCUGUCGCAGUCACAGCUCCGCUUGAUAUCCAGCAUUGGCGUUGGCAUACUAGUCGGAACCUCGCUGAUUGUUAUAAUACCGGAAGGUAUCGAAGCGAUAGCAUCAACUAAUCUUCCGGCUCAUGCCAGUUCGCAUACCCGCCGGUACGAUGUUCAAGGACAGGCGGUAUCUCCUCGAUGGGAGGCUGCGCAUAUGGUUGAAAAACGAAGUUCGAUCGACCUCGAGGCUGGAGAUAGCCCGCACAUGCCGUUUCUUCGCAUAGGAGUCCCUAUGCCUCCCAGGCCAAAUGAACUGGCACACGAAGGUGGCAAGAGCUUGCAGAAAAGAGACGUGCUUCCCAUCGUGGUCACUCGCGAGGAUACACCGAAGGAUGCUACCAAAUCAACGGGCGAGGAUUCCAAAACUUCAAAAGACAGUCAAAAGGCGCAGAGCGAGCGCGUGUUGCCCACGUUCUACAUUGGAUUCUCUCUGACGUCGGGCUUCAUCUUGAUGUUCCUGAUAGACCGUAUUCCUCGGCAGGCUAUGGACCAGUUUCAACCAGCUCCCACGACGAGGCACAUCAGUCUAGACAAUCUAGCAUCCUCAAGCGGACCCGGCGAGGAAGAAUCGCAAGGUUUUCUUGGAUCUUUGGCUCCCACACCGAAGCAUUCCCGGAGUCUAGCCACUACAACCGGGCUUGUUAUUCACGCGGCUGCAGAUGGGAUAGCCAUGGGUGCAUCGGCCACGACAUCCAACAUGAAACUCGGGUUAAUUAUUUUCGCUGCGAUCAUGAUCCACAAGGCUCCGGCAGCAUUCGGCCUCACUUCCGUCCUGCUCAAACAAGGGCUGUCAAAACGCGCGGCACGUGGCCACUUGAUAGUAUUCAGUCUCGCCGCGCCGGCUGGGGCCAUCGGUACAUACCUCAUCGUCUCCAUACUCGGCGGACAGAACGUCGAAGGUGAGAGUGGACAGUGGUGGACUGGCAUGUUACUCCUGUUCUCGGCGGGGACCUUUCUCUACGUUGCCAUGCACGCCAUGCAAGAGGAGAACAGUGCAGCGUAUGAGCAUCACGGUGGCAUGAAUGGGUAUGCGGAUAGUGGGGGUGCUACGCACAGGAAACAGAUCCGCCCACAGUUGAGAGAUACAUUGGCCACUGUAUUUGGCAUGCUCCUCCCGUUGCUUACUCAGUUUGGCCACCAUCACUGA